CGCAGUUUCUUCCUCGUUUCAAACUUUUCAUGUGUCUGUUGCCUAUGUUGCUUGUGUUUUUUCAACUUUUACAGCAACUUUAAAGUAUCUGUCUCCGCUGGGUUUGUCGGUUUACAUUUCUGAGGACUAAACAUUCAAGAUGGCUUUACUGUUUUGCGAUGCCUUUUGGGGUACAGACUUUAUGGACCAGUCGGGGUAUGAGGCCAUAUUGCAGAGGUUACAUGAUGGCAGACAUAUGUGCAAAGAUAUAGAAGACCUGUUGAAAAUGAGAGCACUGGCGGAGGACAAGUAUGGACGAGAUCUGGUGGCAAUUGCUCGGAAGGCAGAAGGUCAAACCGAGAUUGGAACAUUAAAGGCAUCGUUUGACAAGUUAAAAGCAGAGAUCGAGAAGGCAGGAAACCUGCACAUCCAGCUAUCUGAAAGGAUAAAGGAGGAAGUUCUCAAAAUAGAGGUUUUUCGAGAACACCAGAGGGAACAGAGAAAAAAGCUUGAAGAGAUUAUAGAAAAACUUCAGAAGCCUAAAAUGGUGUUGCACAAGAAGACCAUGGAGUCAAAAAGGUUAUAUGAGCAGAGGCUUAAGGAGGCUGAUGAAGCUGAGCAAGCAGUGGGGAAGAAGACAAACGUGAACACCUCCACCCACCGGCAAUCAGAAAAGGUGAUGAGCAGGGCCAGGUUAUGCAGGCAAGCGGCCAACCUGGCAGAAAAGCAAUAUAGGUUGAAUGUUGAUCAAUUAGAGGAAACUUCCCAGGACUGGGAGAGCACAUACCGGAGUGCAUGUGAGGUGUUUCAGCAGCAGGAGUCUGAGCGCAUUAAUAUCUUGCGCUGUGUGUUAUGGGAUCAUUGCAAUCUGCUUUCAAUGCAGUGCGUCCAAGACGAUGAUUGCUAUGAGGAAGUAAGGAAGAUUCUUGAGCAGUGCGACAUCAUCAGUGACAACAACUGUUUCAUUAAGAUGAAAAAGACUGGCUGUCGCCCCCCAGCUCCCAUUGAGUUUCAGUGUUACUCCAACGUGAACACCAAUGGUGGAGUUGGGAGGGUUGCAACGAACAGAUUAUCUGUCCUGCAUCCAAGGAUGCCUUCAAGUGGUUGCCCUGAAGCUGGCAGUAAUAUGGGUGGAACACAUACGCUGGCUCAACAAAGGAGAGGAGUAACUGAGGAAAAGUACAUGGUGUUAUAUGAUUUUAAAGCUCAGGAAGAUGAUGAGUUGUCUGUCAGCAAAGGACAAGUUAUCACAAUAACUGAGCAAGGUGAGGAUGGAUGGUGGAGAGCGUGGAGGGAUGGAAUAUCUGGGCUGGUCCCUGGAACGUACUUGACCAAAAUCUCACCGCAUAGUACGCAUCUUGCUGCCGCUCAUCCUGAACAGAAUCCCAUCAAAUAGAAUUAAGCAAUCAUUGCACCAAGUUUUACUAAAAUUAUUUCAGCCUACAAGUUGAUGUAGAAUGAAAACAUUAACGUGUACUAGAUAUAUGAAAGAUAUUAGCUUUCUUCUCAGGCAUCUUUAGGAUUUUUUUAAAGAUAAAAAAAUGAAUGUUAUAAUAAUGGAACAGUUAUUCUGCAGCCGUUUGUAUAAUGAUUCUAUUCUAGAUGAGGUUUAAUCUAGCUUUUAUGGUUUAUAGUCAGAAGAAAUUAUAAAAAAAAGAUGUUUUGGUUUUAGAAUUAUGAAUUCUAAAGUUUUUUUUAUACAUGUAUACUGUAAUAUGUAUAAAAUUUGUAUCAACAAUUUUGUAAUGUUAUUGCUAUGAUUUAUCAUGGCCUAUUUGUCUGCAGCAUAGUAAUCCAAUCAAAAUAAAUGUGCCUUAAUUUGCA